CGGGGAAAAGGGUGGCGUGGGACUGGAAGUGCAGAGAGCGAGGGCUAUGUAGCUUCAAGAGAACAAAACACUGUGGGCGGAGUUUUAGACAGCGUACGGUUACGGUUCCUUUAAUAGGCCCACGGAUAAGGCUACUCGUUUUCCUUAUCUGGAAAAAAGGAGUAUGUUGGUUCCAAACGAGGGUAGACAUAUCGCUUUCCUGGAGAGACGAGGAGGUGGGGAACAGACUCGUUUGUUAAUGGCCAGGAAAGGUUUGCUACAUUUCUCGGGAAGAACUCAAUACGGGUACACCGAUUGUGAGACAAUGCUGAGAAGAGAUAGAAAUCCAGUGUUCGGUAUCGAUUCCCCUGUGCUGUGCAUGGAGCUGGACGACGACUACGCCUACCCUUCGAUCAACCAAAGAAAACAGGUGGUAGCGAUGGAACUGCCAGGUAAGUACAGAAAUCAGUCUGUACACACUUCGCUAGUUGAGAAGGAGCCAAAAGGAGUGGCAGAACAGUGUAGUAUGUCAGUCAAACAUGAGAAGAAGCCAGUCCUUCAGACCGUGUGUGAGAACGUACCCUUACGGUACACGUCGGUAUCUCCGCCGAGUCACGACAGACCAGCCUGCCCUAAGUCUCAGUCACUCUGUUUGACAAAAUCCACUGGGUCAUUGGGAUUGGGGUCGAGUGAACCUAACAAGUCUCCUGUUAUCUACCACAGCCCCAGUUCAGACGAAAUCGGACAGGAUGAUCACCGCAUACCAUGUUCCUCAGCCAAUGUACCUGUUGUUCGGAUUGAGGAUACAGAUGGAAGCGUUGAUAUUAGGGCGAAAGAAAAUACAGGCGAUGCAUGUGUGGAAACUGGCUCUUCUUGUGUUUUCAUACCUGGAGAUGAUCCGUGUCAAAAUGUUCUGAAUAGCGAGACGCUAUUUUCCCACUUUAACAAGGAACAGGACUGUGGCAGAGCGAAAGAUUCUGGCUGUACGAAAAUUCAUGUAGAGCUAACGCGUGCUAAGUCGUGUCUUGCGAUCGCAGAGGAAGAGGAGAACAAAAAGGAGAACAAAGUUUGUUUCGCAUCACUGGAUACCCUUGUCACGGUUUGUCAGGAUGGUUCGCAAGGAGAAAACAAUAAAAACGCGUCAUAUGACCCUGCCAGUAAACGGAGAGGGGCAAGAUACUGGGGCAAACUUCGCUCAAUGUUUAAGGUAGUAAAACCCUCUUCGAGUAUGCCUAACUUGUCAGGAGGCUUGUCUAGAUCGACGGGAGACAUGACAUCACCUUUUUCACAGGACUCGAAAACUCAGACUGACAGCAGCAGUGAGAGUCUAUCUGAGAACACCGACCAGAACAGAAUAAAGAAAGAAUUAUCACAAACGAAGACGUUGUUGUCGUCCAAUAAACAAGAUAAUAUAUAUAAAAAGAAAAACAAACGUGAGGAUAUAAGUACAACACCUGUUGACACAAUACUUGAAGAAGACAAGAAGACAGACGACGAUGGGGAAGAGGAGGAGGAUGAUAAUUUUGGAGAGGAUGCGGUAUACCUCGACAGUCGAGCUGUGUCAAAACCUCUCCCGAUAAAAGUUAAAGAGCCAACCUACUCACUGGUCUCUUCUCCUUCAGAGCUUGACGAGACCACCAUCAACUUCACGCGAAUUCCCAGUUUUCGAGGUCGCCUUGUACAUAUCAAACUGGAACGUCAUUUUUCCACUCACAGUCUAAACAGUGCGGAUGUCGAGGACAGUCAAAACAUCAAAGAUGCAACAGACAUUCAACCUUUGAAUUCUGGGGAGGCAAUAGUGACAGAUAUGCUGUCUAACAAAAUGGUGCUCUACAAUGCAGAAGGUAGCCCUAAGAUCACUUUUGCGGUGGAGUCGGGUUCGGAACCUUGGGCUACUUGCUUGACUCCUGACGGUGCUAUGGCUGUGACCUUGAAGCGUCAAGGUUGUGUGGCUUUGUGGGCAACUUCUGGCGAGCCGAUGAUUGAAUUUGGCCAAGCUACUCUCUCAGCACCGACGGGCAUCCGUUGUGACAGCCAAGGGAGAUACAUCGUCUCUGAUGAGAAAGCCAAUGGCGUAUUCGUUUUCAACAAAAAAGGCAAAUACAUAACAAAACUGUCUCUUGGAGACAUUUCAUCCAUACAUUCGACGAAACUUCCCUCGUCCUCCUUCCCUCCAACUGCUGGACCUUUGAAAUCUUUCCCGCAUUUCAACCAACCAAGAUACAUCUGCAUCACUCAUUCUGGAAACUACGUCAUAGCGGAUUCAGCCAAUCACUGCGUGAGAAUUUUUGACUCAGCCGGAAGUUAUACUGGCCAGUUUGGUGGAUAUGGCCGCCGAGACGGACAGAUGAAGUUCCCAUACGGUGUGGCGAGUGAUCAAGCGGGGAACAUUUACGUUGCGGAUCAUUAUAAUAAUCGAGUAUCGCUCUUCACGGAUAAGGGUGUUUUCAUUGAGCACCUGUUGACCUCAGAAAAAGAUGGCAUCACGAGGCCGAAAGGUUUAGCUGUAAUGAACUCUUUGCUUUACUUGACGUAUGGGGAUUUGAGAUCCAACAAAAUCUCGGUGUACAGUCUGUCUAAAAUACAUGAGAGACAAAUUGUGAAUAAUCGUGUUUAGCUCAAAACGUCUUCUCACAUAUAUCUGAAGAAAAGGAAAGAAACGACAGAUUCCAUACAUUUAUAAUAAUUGCUGAACUCAACUUAAGAAGGCUGUUAUGUAAAUACUUUUAGUGAAGAAGCCCACGAUGGAAAAACAAUCUAAGUUAGAUUGUCAAGUGUAGAAAAAUAAAUUUUUGACGCUCAAAACACAUUGAAAAUAUACUUUGAUCAUAUUUCUAUUGCAUGCUCGUUCAAAGAAUGUCUCUAAUUUGGGAUUGAGCAUGCUGUUCACUUCCACGGGUUUUGAGAGUGAACGAUGAAAACAGCACCUUUUUAAAGACACAUUUUAGAUAACUUAGAGUCUGUGACUUCGUUUCUGUUCCCAUUGUUGUCUUCACAACGUAAACAGGAUAUGCUUCAACACAAUACAAACAAACUAGAACUUAUUCAAGUAAACAGACACCAUUGCUGGAGUGCAGAGCUGGGUUUCGAGUCAACGUUUUCCGCCUCAGGACACAUCCCAGUGACCACAAACUACUGACUGGUGUCUUCCUCGGAGCGACGUGAGAGAAAUCUGUAUCGCUUGAAAUAACGAAACCCUGGUUGUUCUAAGGCCUUUCUAAUGUGUUUUGUGCCCCUUAAUUUCUUUUUUUUUUCUUUGUUUAGUUUCCCAAGCCAUUUGAAGGAGACUAGGAUUGGGUUACCUAACCAAUGCAGACGUGGAUGUCCUCUAUUAGACCUUUAAGGCGACAAGCUAGAGCGAAGCUUUAAGAAGCCAGCUCUUUUUACUACUUUUUGGGGGGAGAGCAUUACACCCUCUUGAGAUAGUGCGGUGUCCUGGCUUGCUGUCGCCACCAUCCAUGACGAGGUUUUCCCUCUACAUUACACAAACCUUGUAAAUGAAGUAAAAUUGCAUGAUAGAGUCAUGUUUGUAGCGAAGUAUUUUGGUGCAGACAGGAAUUUUGUUUAGUGUAUCAUCCCAGUUACUCGGCGCUUACGAAGAUGUUUAGUCGAUGCUUAAUAGUGAGUCUGGCACAAUAACGUGCUAUAGCCUAUGGUUACAUUAUACCAAAUAUAAGCGACGGGGUGGUUCCCUCGUCUGUGGUGUUUUAUAAAGAACGUUUAAAAAAUAGAAGCUCCAAUGAAACCCCUCAGAUUGGUCUAAUGCGCAAAAAAUUACAAUGCAACUAUAUUUAGCGUAAUGUGGUUCGAAUAAAAAAAACAGUUUGCCCCUGUGGCGAGAAAUUAUCUUUGAAACUAACAGGGGAAAGGGGGGGGGGUGGGUAUAGCAGUACCAUAAUGUUGAUCCAAAAGCAUUACCCUUUUUAAACAGAACUGUGCACUUUCAAUACGAGUGUGUUCACCUUUCUGAGAAUUGCCAGUCUAUUGUGCUGUUAGACCUGUUCGUGGGGGUCUGUACUUUUAAAGCACGGUAAAUAAACAUUGACUCUGAGGAAUGAAAAAGAAAGAGAAUG